AGAGGGCAGGGAGAUAGUGUGAGACAGGAGCCCAAGGGAGAAAGAGAAAGUAAGACUAGAGGAGCAAAGCAAAGUCAAGGACUCAAGACCAGAGUAGCCUGAACAGAAGUCAAGAAGGGCCCAAGAGGGUUGUGCAACAGAAAUGGCCCUAAGGAUGCUCUGGUCUGGACAGGCCAAGGGGAUCCUAGGAGGCUGGGGGAUCAUCUGCUUGGUGAUGUCUCUACUCCUCCAGCACCCAGGAGUCCAUAGCAAGUGCUACUUCCAAGCUCAAGCCCCCUGUCACUAUGAGGGGAAAUAUUUCACCCUGGGUGAGUCUUGGCUCCGCAAGGACUGCUUCCACUGCACCUGUCUGCAUCCUGUUGGUGUGGGCUGCUGUGACACGUCCCAGCACCCCAUUGACUUCCCCGCUGGGUGUGAGGUACGUCAGGAAGCAGGAACCUGCCACUUCUCCCUGGUGCAAAAAUCUGACCCUCGGCUGCCCUGCAAAGGGGGAGGGCCUGACCCAGAGUGGGGCUCAGCCAACACCCCCGUUCCUGGGGCUCCUGCUCCCCACUCCAGCUAAAGUGAACUCAUCACCCGUCUGCUGACUGCUCACUGCUGCUGCCACUUCCAGGGAAACCACUAGCAGCUGCCAAUUUAUUCUGAAUAAAUAAAUUAAUGCUACAGCUGAA